UUAGAGGGUAACGAUUUCGGUUCCGGCGAAUGGAUUCCCGCUCUGAACUAAAAUCUUCUACUCCUGAGAAAGAGUGGGGAGAAAGGAUCUCUGAGAAAGUAAUUUCUCUCUAUAAUUCACUCCCCAAAAAAGGAAAACCUCAAGGUCGAGAAAUCACUGUUCUUGCUGCAUUUCUCAUCUCUUCUCCCUCCGAAGAUAUUGAAGUUGUUUCAUUAGGUACUGGAACUAAAUGUCUUGGGAAGUCACUCUUGAGUCCAAGAGGUGACCUCGUUAAUGACUCCCACGCUGAGGUUAUCGCUCGCAGAUCGCUAAUUAGGUUUUUCUAUGGAGAGGUUGAAAGACUUGGUAAAAUUCAUUUUAAGCGUAGAUGUAAGAACGAGAGCAAAGACUUGUUACAACAGGAUGAUGAUAAUGUGGUGGAGAAUACAUUUUUUGCGUUGGAUUCUGAUUGUGAGGGAAAAUAUAGAAUGAGACCUGGUUGGAAAUUACAUUUGUAUGUUUCGCAAUUGCCAUGUGGGGAUGCGUCCAACACUUGUCCAGUACUUCAGGAAAGAGAAUCGAUACAAACAAGUGGGGAUUUGUCAACAUCUGUGCCCGUAAAUGUGGGUUCUGCAUCUGACUCUUCCGAGGCAUCUGAUGGAAGUAACUGUAAUGGAGGUUCUGUUCAAGUCAUUGGGAUGGUUCAGAGGAAGCCUGGUCGUGGUGAUACAACUUUGAUGAUGAGUUGCUCUGAUAAAAUAGCUCGUUGGAAUGUACUGGGCGUGCAAGGGGCUUUGCUAUCUUACUUUCUUCAACCAGUAUAUAUAUCAUCUAUUACUGUCGGAAUGCCCCAUAGCAGUACUUCUGCCGAUCCUUUGGUGAAUCAUUUGAGAAGAGCUCUUUCUGAUCGCAUCCUCCCACUGUCUGACAAGCUAACAAGUCCAUUUCGAGUAAACAAGCCAUUAUAUUUUGAGGCUCCAGUACCACCAAAUGAGUUUCAGCCAUCAGAGACUGCAAAAGUGACUUUAACUUGCAGUUAUUCUAUUUGCUGGAACAAAUCUCAAUUUCAUCAGGUUGUUCUUGGAACCACCGGUAGAAAGCAAGGCACCUCCAUCAAAGCGUCUCUGUCUCCGUCUACCCAGUCUCCUUUAUGCAAGAGGCGACUACUGGAACUUUUCUUGUCAAUUAAACGUGAAUACUGCUCGGAAUUUCAAGCUGAUGACAUCUCUUAUAAAGCACUGAAGGCAGGAGCUCAAAACUACGGAUCAACAUUGAAGAUCUUCAAACAGUACCCGCCUUUCAGCUAUUGGUUUCAAAAACCUUUUGAUCUCAAGGAGUUUCCGGUUUUGAGUUAGUGAGAUGGUGCAGAAAGUGAGCAACCCACCACAGAGCACAAACAGAGGCCACGGGACGUCAGGCGCCUAUAUGCAACUUUAGUCAUAUAUUCUCUUGAAAGAGCAGUGAUAGAUACAUUUAAUUAAGGAUUUCAAAAAAAGAUAUCCUUAAUUAAUCAAGUUGGUAGAUUCAGAAAGGAAUAUAUUGAAUAGUCUCAUAUACUUGAACAGAUUUUUAUUUGUUUUGAUAGGAAUGGGAGUAAUAGAGUUUUGAAGUCAUUGAAGGUCUUACUGUCAUAAGCUGCAGGUACCGAAAGUUUCAUCUUGUAAGCAUGGUUGUACCUGAAAUCUAAUGUCUGUCCUUUUUUAAGAACCCUUUUUCCUUUUCUAAUGUCCAGUGCUUUUUACUUUUUAGACUUAAUGCUUAUUCAAAUGAUGUCAUUUGUUGUGUUUAUUUAUUCGGCUACUUAUGCUCCACGCCAUGUGAACCGAAUAUCUGUUGGUGACACUUUUUUUCUCCAUGCCA